AUGUCCCCGUUCGAACCUGACCGCUGGAUAGAACAACUCAGAGAAUGCCAACAUCUAGCCGAGCCCGACAUGAAGGCCCUCUGCGAGCGGGUACGCUCGAUCCUCAUGGAAGAAUCCAACAUUCAGCCCGUCUCGAGCCCCGUCACGAUCUGCGGCGACAUCCACGGGCAAUUCUGGGACCUGCUCGAGCUGCUGCGCAAGGGCGGGGACGUACCACAAACGAGCUACAUCUUCAUGGCACGUAUGUGUUCCUCGCAAUGCCGCGGAGGGCUGCUCAAACGCAUGCAGGGGGACUUUGUGGACAGGGGGCACUAUAGCUUGGAGACUGUCUCACUGCUGCUAGUUUUGAAGGCCAAACACCCGGAUAGGGUGACGCUUUUGCGCGGAAACCACGAGAGCAGACAGAUCACGCAGGUGUAUGGCUUCUAUGACGAAUGUCAGCAGAAGUACGGUAGUGCGUUGGUGUGGAAAGCAUGCUGUAGCGUCUUCGACUAUCUCAACCUUGCCGCGAUCAUCGACGGAGAGACAUUAUGCGUACAUGGAGGCCUUUCGCCAGACAUCCGAACAUUAGACCAGAUCAGAGUUUUGUCUCGUGCGCAGGAGAUCCCUCAUGAAGGCGCAUUCUGCGAUCUCAUGUGGUCCGAUCCGGAUGAUAUCGACAACUGGGCGAUUAGUCCACGGGGAGCUGGAUGGUUAUUCGGUGGUAACGUAACGCGAGAAUUCAAUCACGUCAACUCAUUAUCGCUUAUAGCACGGGCACAUCAGCUCGUGCAAGAGGGCUACAAGUAUAUGUUCGACGACCAGCUCGUCACAGUGUGGUCGGCACCAAAUUACUGCUAUCGGUGCGGGAACAUGGCCUCCAUCUUGACAAUACAUGAGGACGGAGGACGAAGCUUCACCGUGUAUGAUGCGGCAGAGGAGAACGAGCGAGACAAGGGGAUGCUAAAGCAGCGUAAAAUGUCCCGUCGGCCAAAAUGGGCGCCACAAUAG